AUGCUAUGGGUUAUCGGCAUUGUGUUUCUGGCCCUUGGCCUUCUCGCGUUUGUUCUCAGGGUCAUGGCCAAACUUUUAUUGGGCGGCCAGUCUUGGGGAGCAGACGAUUGGGUGAUGUUGAUAGCUGUUAUGUUCUUCUGGGACGAGCUUCUAUAUUUGGGUGCUUUGCCCGUGACCAAGAUUUCGAUCCUCCUCUUCUACCUCAGGAUCUUCCCCAAAAGGGAUAUAAGAAUCAGUUGCUGGGUUCUCAUUGGGCUCAACGUGGCAUACAUCAUCGUCUUUGAACUCAUCUCAAUAUUCCAAUGCAUUCCUAUUGAGGGUGCCUGGAGAGCGUGGGAUGGGGAGUUUAAGGCAAAAUGCAACAAUAUCAAUAUACAGGGUUGGGCAGCCGCUAUCGCCAACAUCUUGCUAGAUUUGGCCACCCUGAUUCUUCCCCUUAGAGAGCUUUACAACCUUUCCUUGUCUACUAAGAAGAAGGUUAUGGUCAUGAUGAUGUUUUGUGUUGGAUUCUUGUACGCCUCCACAUCGCUGUGA